AAAACACAGCACUCGUCAUUUGCCAUAUUUUCACGAAGUGUGAGAACGCAAAGCAAAAGACUCAACCAAAAAUUCAUCCAAAAGUAGCCAAAUAAAUCAAAUAGCAAAGGUGUAAUCAUGUCACAGGAAAAGAGCAACCAUUCCCCUUCGCGAGAGCAAACAUCAUCCCCUGCCCUCGCACCUGAUUCCACACAUGGAGCUUCCCCUCACUCAUGGAGGAGUGUGUCUUCUUGGAACGGUUCUCCUAUGUCAUCACGGAACACCUCCCCUUACCCAUGGAGGGAUGAGUCCCCAUGGAACGGUUCCCCUAUGUCUCCACGGAACACCUCCCCUGACCCAUGGAGGGAUGAGUCCCCAUGGAACAGUUCCCCUAUGUCGCCACGGAACACCUCCCCUUAUCCAUGGAGGGAUGAGUCCCCAUGGAAAAGUUCCCCUAUGUCUCCACGGAACACCUCCCCUUAUCCAUGGAGGGAUGAGUCCCCAUGGAGGAAUGAGUUCUCAUGGAACCGCACACCCGAUUCAACACACAACGAUUCCCCGUUGAGCAGCUCUCUUCAAUGCCAAAGAAGAAAUCCGACUCCUUUUAACCGUUUGUUCGUGUCUCCCUGGGACAGUUUCCCCGAGACCUUCACCUCUGAUCAGCUCAGCCCAACAUACUCCUCGCCAUCUUCAUUCUCGUCCAAGGCUCCAUUACCGGUAUUUGUUGAUUUUACUCCUGGUGACGUCAUUGCCCCCGUACCAAUCAGGUGCAGGCCGGUGCCUGUCGGGGAUCCGCUGAUCCUCGCUCCUGUAGACGACUGCCCUAAUUCCGAGCCAAGAGUAAUACCUAUCGUGGACCCAGUGCACGUCUUCCCUGACAACUGCAACCACGUGAUCCUGAUAAAGCCAGAAUAUGCCGGUGGUGAUGAUGACGAUGAUGUGAUCUUGAUGAAGGCAGAAUCUCAUGAUGAUGAUGAUGAUGAUGAUGAUGACAGGAGCUUCGUCAGCUUUUGUAUGAGUGAUGGUAGCGAUGAGGUUGAUGGCGAUGACCGAUUGACCGACAGUCUUGACAUCCUGUUGAAUGAUGCUGAUGAGGAGGAGUUUAAUGAAACUCUUGAUAUGUUUGAUGCUGAGGAGGGCGAGUACAUCGACCUAGUGUUGAUGGAAUUCAAUCAGUUUCUUGCUGACACGAUCACACGGGCAGUUAAGCGAUGUCGCUCACCAACAGAAUCCUUUGACGAGAGUUCUGAUGACGAUGAAGAUUGGGGAAUGAGAAAGAGGAGAAAAAUGAGCGAAUGAAUGCGACGAGGGUCAUAAAAAGGGGGAGGGUGGCUGUAAGACAGGGUAUGAUGGGAAGCGGACGGAGGAAUCAAGAAACAAGCGUGACGGAAGGGGAUGAGGGACCAAGUAAGGGAAGACAACUGAUCCUAGGGGCGUAACAAGGAGGGAUGAGAUACAAGGAA